GUUCACUUUCUCUCUGUGUUAUCUGUUUUUUUUUCUUAGUUUCGGGUUCGAAGCAGAUAUGAAGCUGAAAUAUUUUUUCUGAAUCUUUGUCUUUGUAUCUGUCCUUUUUUAUUUUUCAAAAAAUUAUAUUCGCCAUGGAAGCUGUGCUUCUGUGCUGGAAGGCUGUUCCUCGAGCUACGACGCCGUUGGGAGAAUCCCGAAAGUUUUCGUUCAGGCAUUUAAACAAACACCUUAAGUGCAAUUCGAUUCGUGCUGAUUCCAGAACCACUCCGUUACUUCCAAGUUUCGAAGCGAUUAAGAGUCCAUCUAUCUGGAGAGGUGCCUCGUUCCCAGUUAGAAAAGGUUCAUGGGUUUCGCCCAGAUGCUCGAUUUCUAGCUCUACUGUUUCGGAUUCCGAUAACCCUUUCCUUGGCCAAUUCAAAACCUUCUCUUUUGGUUCACUGGUGGAGAAAGUUCGGGACUUGAAGAAAGUGAAGCCCAUAGAUUUUGCGAAGUUAGCUCUUGUUCUAUCGGUUGUGACUUUGGCUGCUAGAAAGCUCGUGACUUUGGCUCUGGACCCUUUCUUAUGGAUGUAUUUCAGCUGGACAUGGCUGUUCUGGCCUUGGUUUAUCGCUGUGGGUCUUGCGGGUUACGGGAUUUACUGUUUCCGUAGGCACUGGCUUGGGGAAGCCAAUGCCUUUGAGCAGCUUGGUAUUGUGAGUUCAGUUUUCACAUGGCUUACACUUGUGCCUCCUGCUUAUUUCAAUGGUUAUCUUGAAGGCUGGCCUUAUGUGUUCUUCUUGGCUUAUCAUUACUUCUUCUUCUUCAAUGUAACUGUGAGAAAAAGGCUCUAUGGAGAUUACUAUGCUCGCUCCCAUGAUCCCAAAUGGGAUGUGAACACGCCUUUAUGGUCUCGGGUUUUGUUUGGUGUUGGUGUCAUGGUUGGACAUUGGCUUGCUGCUUUUGAAGGGCCUGAGCUGCACCGUUUACCAGGUGGUUGGGCUAAUCUAGGGAUAUGGAUUUUGAUUGUGGUUACAAUGCUUAUGCAUUACGAUUCAACGCUAUAUCUUGCUAGAUAUUCUGAAAAGGUUGUGGUUCCAACGGCUGUUGUGCAAUUUGGUCCUUAUAGAUGGGUCAGGCAUCCGAUAUAUGCUUCUACGAUGCUUCUCUUCGCUACAUACUGCACUGCUCUGCGUGCGCCUUUGAGUCUGUUGUUUCUUUUAGCUGUUUCUUUGGUUUACUAUAACAAGAAGGCAAAGCUGGAGGAAGAAUUGAUGGUGGAGAAUUUCGGGCAAAGCUAUUCGGAUUAUGCUGAUAAGGGUAAAAGGUGUAGCCCUUUGGUGGAUGUUACCAGCCAGUAGUCGCAGAUGCAGCACCAUUAAGAUUCACAAGAGAUGUGGUUCCCUUUGUUUUCGCCCCUCGAUCCGAAGAAAAGGGUUCCUUUCGAGUGGGAAUCUUGAUGAUGCUGCAUCAGCAAAUACAUGGCUACUAUUGUCAGUUUCUUUGUUCAUUCUCUAGUAAAGAUGUCUUGGAGAUCGAUCUUACAAGGACACAAAACCAAGAAGGUAAAGUCCCUUUUCUCUUCUCUGACUCAUGAUCAUGCACAUGUUGUGAAAUAUCUUUUUAAUUAAUGGUGUUUCUAUCUUGCUUAUGUUAUUGGCAAAACCAUUCACAUGUGGACCUUUCAAAAGAUCCCCACACAUGCUUGAAAAACCCAAACAAGAUUAUAACAACUGUGUAUUUAAAACACUGAUAAGGUUCUAAUCUUGAAUGUGAAUAAUAGUGAGAACUCAGAAGUGAGAGGUCUCUUGUGGUUACGGUUGUGGGAACUCACAUGGUUACAUGUGAAAAUGGUCCAUAAGUGUGUUUUUUUAGUCAACUCUUUGCCGUUGGUCCCAAGCUUUAUUGUGUAUUUAUAUAGUUUCUUUGACCCGAUCAAGAAAAAAAUAAAACAUUGUUUCCACAUGGAUCAUAUGAAUCUCGAGGCACAUUUUCCUUGUUGAAAAUAUCUUGGUUAAGGCUUAAGGGAGAAAUUUAGUGCAUACAGAAACUGUAAAUAAGAAAUAUAUAGAAAGUCUUUUUUUGUUCUUGAAUAAAAUUAUAUUAAAAAAUGUUCAAAGUUUACAUAAAUUGGUGGUCAAUCGUGCAAUGGAAUAUAGUGAAAGUAAAUUCAGAUUUCACUUGCUAUUUGUUUUACGACUUUUCUUUGGCUAAUCGUACACUAAUGGUCCCAACUCGGGAUAAUGUUUUUAAUCCCGCAUUUGUAAGCUUUUUGAAUAAGUAAUUGAAGAUGACAGAGCUUGUAAGUAAUGACGUCGAUAACAUAUAGUUUAAUGAGCUUGUGUACUUAAUAUUAUUAUGUGAAGUUCUAGCCCGAUAAAUCAGAAUCUCUCCUAAGUUUGACC